AUGACAAAGUUUGACCCUGCGGCCGUUAACUGUAGACUCACCAAGGCGCGGCUAACGUCUGCAGAGAUAUUCUGGCGCGGCAUUCAACCCUGGUUGGUUGACCAAGGCUACGAGCUUCGAAAGCGCUACAGGCCAGAUUGGGUUCCUAGCUGGCUGAAGUAUGAUUCAUCUCCAGACCGAUAUGAGGAUGGACAGGUGCUUCCUUACGACCAGAUUAUCGACGCUGUCAAACUUUCGGACGGAUCAAGAGUGGUUUUGAAAAGAAUCAAGAGGACGUCGCGGUCAAACGAGCACAACAUGCUGAUGUUCUUUGGGACGGGGUCCCUAGCAUCUAGUUCUCGCAAUCACUGCGUACCGGUGCUGGCCACGUUGUACCCGCCGAGCGAGAGGAGCUGGAUUAUUGUUGUGAUGCCAUUGUUGCGUGAGUAUGAUUCUCCACGGUUUGAUACUGUGGGAGAGGCCGUCGAGUGCUUUAGGCAAAUAUUUGAGGGGCUUGAUUUUAUGCAUAAGCAAGGAGUUGCCCACCGGGAUAUAUGCAUCGAAAACAUCAUGGUCGACGCGCGUGAUCUUUACCCGAAAGGCUAUCACUUCGUCCGAAAGAAUGAGUCAGUUGAUCUAAAAGGACGCGCUCGGUAUCGCACACGAACGCAGAAACCAGCGAAAUACUACAUAGUUGGAUAUGAACAAGCUCAACAUUGCGAUCUGGAUAAAUUUACAGAGAAACUGGACCCAGUUCGGUACAGACUAGAGAGUCCAACAUCUCAUUUUCUUUUGGACUCGGAGGAUACCCCAGACCCAUUCGCCACGGACGUCUUUUAUAUCGGAAAUCUGAUCAGAUACUACUUUUUAGAUGGUCACUCAAUUCCAAAUGUAACCCGUAAACGCAAAGGAAGCUUUGAAUUCAUGCGACCUUUGAUCAUGGCAAUGACCCAAGAGGACUACACAAAGAGGCCUACCAUGAGCCAAGUGAACCGUGCAUUCGAAAUUCUUGUCCAGGGUCUCAGCGAGCUCACACUCAGGUCUCGCUUUUCUCGACCACAAGACGGGGUCCUUUCUGCUGUCGUAUAUGGCGUUCCACACUGGCUGCGGAAGAUAUCUUUUGCUGUUCGACGAGUUCCUUCUCUUCCUAAGCCGCGCAUGGACAAAGUUUUGAAGCAAGAUAAGAAGGAUGCUCUCGACGCUAUCAUGGUCAACCUAGCUCCUUCAUCUGUAUCUAGCUUUAAGCCUGUAACACGAUGA